AAUCGGCGUGUUCACACAGCCAGCAUCGUGCCUGAGUGUUUUUUCAUCGCUGCGACCACUGCGGCCCGCGCACGCGCAAGGCCGUCGAGCACACAACAAACACCAUAAACACCAUGGCAUCCAGCCCACCCAUGGACCGGGCACUGAUUAACCCAUUGCACGACGGCGCCGCCGCGGACGACUCGGCGACCGAAAUUACCGCCAAGAGCGCACAACGAGUCCUGCGCAACUUCCACGUGCUGGCGGCUGCUUUUAGCCUGAAUCACGGCUGUGUGACCGCGCUUGUGGCGCUCGCCGCUUCCGAGCUCGGCCCAUCCCUGGGAAACACGACAUUGUUCGUACUCUACGCAUGCUACACACUCAGCGCCGCGUUCCUGAGCAAUGGCCUCGUCGCGCGGCUCGGCGCGAAACGAACACUGGUCCUCAGCCUGGGCCUCUAUUGUGUGUACGUCGCCUCGUAUGCCGUGGCCUUCUUUACGCCGAUAGACAACGUCGUUAUCGUCGGGGCAGCGGUCGGCGGGGUCGCGGCCGGCUGCCUCUGGCCUGGCGCCUGUGCGGAAAUCAACCAGUGACUCGGGUGCACUGCCGUGCUGGCCGAGUGGAGCGGUGCGAGACCUACACCGCCACGCCAUCGAGCCAGUAUCGCGUCGAUGAAGGUGCCGUGAAAUUUUGAUUUCUGCGCAGGCCAGCGCAGGGCGUCUUCUUCGCACGAUCAGCUGAAGCAUACGCCGACGCCGCGAGUAUCUCGCAAAAGGCCGCGACGGCGCUGCUGGGCGCGCACUUCUCGGCGGCCUACCUCGUCGGAGAGGUGGGGAUGAAGCUUCUUGCUAGUGCUUUUGAGCCGGGCGGGCCCCUGUUCGUGGCGUACUCGUGCAUCGCCGUCGGCGCGGCCCUGACCGUGGCUCGUUUCGUAGACGAUGUCAGCGGCGACACAACACCGCCACCGCCCUUCGCCGAGUCGGCGACGGCGGCUCUACGGCUGUUCCGCCGGUCGGCGCUGUGCCGUUUAUUGGUGCCGACGAACCUCUGCUUCGGCCUCGCCGCUGCGUACUUAAAUGGUUCGUUUCUGAGCGCCGUGGUCGCUGCGGGCAUGGGUGAGUGGCUGUGCACUAAUCAAUCAGUGAGUCGGGUGCACGAUGCGGCCGUGCUGGCUCCGUCGAGCGGUGAGGAACGGUAUCGCCACGCCAUCGAGCAGGCGCCGCGUCGAUAGCAUGGAGUCGACGCGAAAGAAGGCGCCGUGAAAUUUUGAUUUAUGCACAGGCGAGCGGGCGGUAGGAGCUGUCUCCGCGGUCGUUGUUGCGUCCGCGGCGCUGCUAGCGUUGCCACUCGGCCGCCUCGGCCGCGCGCUCGGGACGCAGCGACCCGUGGUCGCGCUCGGAGGGGCCUGCUUUGGGCUCUUCGGCGUGGCGACGCUCAUCUUUAGUAAGGAGACGCUAGGAUGUUGGCUGGCGAGUGUGGGGUUGGCCGUCGUCUUCGGCGCGGGCAGGGCGACCUGGGAAGGCAAUUUCAAGAGCAGCGUGGCCGACGACUUUCACGACGCCGCGACAGCGGCGUUCGCCAACGUGACGGUGCAGUCCGGCCUCGCGUCGACCCUGGGCUUCCUGCUCAACCGGAGUCUAACGCCGCGGGCCGUGGCGACAGUUGUCGUGGCCUGCUCAGUGGCUGCGGGAAGCUCGCAGUUCGUCGCCGCGCGGAUCCGCAGCGAGCCGCGGACGACCUACGCCGCGACCGAUGUUGUAUAACUAGUAGUAGAAGUACA